AUGAAGGUUGCCCCUGAUGAAUCUCUCCGAUUGACNNNNACUAUGUACUUAAUGACGGCUGUAUACAAAAUUUCGAAGAGUUAA